GUUCUCCGACGUCCUAUCCCAGCCUGUGCAGCCUCAGGGCUGGAACGAGGCGGCGGCGGCGAGGCCGUGUGCGCGAGGCUCCUGCGAGAGCGCUCAGCCCAGCUGCUGGCAGCAAAGCAUGCGCAUUGCAGGGCGCCCUCUCACCCCGCUCAGCUAUGCCAAAUAUGUGGUGAGCAGCGGCAGCAGCGAAAGAGGAGAGAGAGCGGGACGCGUGAGAGAGGGGACUAUGGGGCGCUCGUGCCAGCCGGGCUCCGGGCUGCAGCGCUCGCCGUCUCCCUCGGGGAGACUCUUGCGCGCAACAGCGGCGGCGGCGGCGCCCAGCAACUAACCCCCAGGCGGGGAGAGAAGACGACCACCGCCAGGCAUGGCUGACCCCCUGCGCAGGACCCUCUCCAAGCUGCGGGGCAGGCGGGCGCAGCGAGGGGCGGCGGGGGAAGCCGCCGGGCACCCCAGCGGAGGCGGCGCCCUUCGAAGUCGAGCACAGCAGAAUCUGGCGCGCCCGGGAAACGGGGCGCCGUGCGCUCUCGGCAGCGGCGGGGUCUUCGCGCCCCACCUGGAGGAGCCCGCGCUGAGGGAAGCGGAGGCUUGGUCCCGGCGGGGGAAGGCAGCAGCUUCGGCGCCUGAGCAAGAAUCCCCCGGAGCCACCAUUGCUCGCCUUUGCCCGCCGAAGAACCGCGUGGAAGGGACGCUGCCUCCGCCGAGCCCGCCGCCGGAGCUCCGUGCGCCCCCGCCGGCGGCCGAGCUCUGCUUCUCGUCGUCGUCGUUUUUCCCCCGGGAGGCGGACUCCGGCUCUGCGCUGGAGCGGGGCGGCGGGAGCGAGGAAGAGGACUACUACGACAACCACAGCCUGCCCGGCUGGAGCUGCCCCAAAUUGGCGUGCCGAGCGCAGGGAAACGCCGACGGCAGCGUGGUCGUUGGUGCCGGCGGCGGCGGCGGCAGCCACAACAAGGCCAGGGCACGGGAGAGCGCGGGCAGGCUUCGCAGCCAGCUGCAGGAGGCCUAUUACCUGCUGAUCCACGCCAUGCACGACCUGCCCCCGGCUAGCCCUGUCGUCGGGGCCCGCUCCCCGCAGCCUGUUGCCCACCCGCCGCCCUCCUCCUUCCCCUCGGCUGGAAGUAGCCACGAUGCUUCAAGCUGGUCUUUCUCGUGCGGGGACGGGUCCCCGCCGUCGCGAGCGCCCGAUUCCGGCUUCCAAGGCUCCGGCAGGGCCCCCGCCUGGCGCCGGGGCAUCAGCAAGAGCUUGGAGAGCCUCCCCGGUGCCCAGCCGUCCGCCAGACCGCCGCCCUUGCGGAGGUGCAGCAGCGACGGAGCGCUCGGCCCCUCGCCCCGGGGCCACCUGCUGCAGCGGCCGGGCGCGAGGCAGGGACUAGGCUGCGUCCUCGCAGCUGCCGCCGGCUGCUCUGGCCACAGCAGCAGCAGCUGCGAGCAAAGCCCCGGCAGCCGGAGCGCUUGCGAGGGGCAUCCGUCGGCGCUGCCGCGGGACGACUUGGACCGCUUGCUGCUUCCCCAGUUGGGCUCGGAGCUGUGCACCGCCCUGGGCGACGCGGUGGCGCUGAAGGGCUCCGCGGAUACGGCGGCGGAGGGGGGUGGCGGCGGCGGCAGAAGCCACGUGCGCCCUCCGGCAGGUGCCCACGGCAGCCCCUUCAAGCCUCCCGCCGUGACGGUCCGGAAGCUGCAGAAAUGGAUGUACAAAGGACGCCUUCUCUCCCUGGGCAUGAAAGGCCGUAGUGAGCCAGCGGGGGUUUCUUCUUCUUCGUCUCCCGCAAAAACCUCCAGGACCUGCGGGCCACCUCUUGGCAGAGAAGAGGGGCCAGCAACGCCGCCUCCUGCCCCCUUGAGGGGUCAAGGUGGAAAAGGUCUAGGAUCCCCUUCAGACCAAAGAAUUUUGCUGACAGAUUUGAUUGAAACAGUGUACAUACCGUCAGUGAGCCGAAGAGAACUUAAGAACUUCAAAUCCACCGAAGUCGCUGAGUGCAGGCCUCGGAUUGCCAGCAUCACCGUGUCCAAGAAACGUAACUGGCUACAUCAAAGUUCUCCAAGGGUGCCCAAUUUGGAAAAAGGAAACUCAUAUAAGAAAAUUUCAAGAGAAACCCACCAGAGACAGAAAUCCCCCAGCCCAUUGCUUGAGCCGAAGAUGCCUCACCUUUUCCCCAAACUUCUAGGGCACGAAAGCCCUAAAAGAAGACUUGGUUGCGUACGAGCUGUUGAGAAUGGGUCAAGCUCUUUGGCACCGCGAAACUGUGCUUUAGAUUUUGGGGAUGAUAACGAUGCAGAUGAUGAAGGAGAAAUAUGGUACAACCCUAUCCCUGAAGACGAGGAGCCAAAUUUCUCUGGUUUUAAUGCUGACCAUUUGGACCCUCAAGCCAUUAAUUCCAAGGUGCCUUCCGGGAAUGACUUGGUUAAAGUCGUAAGGCCUAACGAAGGCCUUGCACAUGUCUUCGACUGUGUCGGAAACGCUCUGCCCAGGGAAAUUAAUGAAGUAGAUGGUGUACAUUCCAUGGAACAUUUGCAAGUACUCAAGCAAAAGACUAUGUGCAGUAUUCAGACUGGGUUUGCGGUGGAGGAUAGCCCUACAUUAAAAGGUACUUUGGGAGGUCCUGGGAUGUUGUCUGCAAGCAAGUCUGAGGUGGGAGUGGCAGAAGGUUCUCCUCCGAGUCCUAACCCUUUGAAGAAAGGUGGUUCGAUAAACUGGUCCUUCCCUGACAAAAUAAAAUCCCCGAGAACGGUGAGGAAACUUUCCAUGAAAAUGAAAAAAUUGCCAGAGCUGAGCAGGAAGCUGAGCGUCAAGGGAAUUUCAAGCCAUAGUAGCACGGACAAUUCUUCGUUGCUUAAGAAUAACUGCCAGGUCAUAGGCCACGGGUCGCUACAUUCUUCCGGGAGCAUCACUGCAGCAGCUAGCAGGAACGUCAUAAGCCGGUACCAUCUUGACAGCAGCGUGUCGUCUCAGCACAACUACAAAAAGAAAAGCAGUGGCAAUUCGAAAUCCUCCAGCAAAGGGGGCUACCUCAGCGACGGAGACUCUCCUGAGCUUAUAACAAAAUCAGGGAAGCACGGCGUAGAAAGCCGGGCUGGAAAAGGAAAGGAAGCGUUCCCAAGCAGCAACGGUAGUAAGGCGGAAAUAGACAUUGACGCUUUUAGGCACUACAGUUUCUCUGACCAACCUAAAUGUUCCCAGUACAUAUCUGGACUCAUGAGCAUCCAUUUCUAUGGCGCGGAGGAUCUGAAACCACCAAGGAUGGACUCCAGAGACGUCUUCUGCGCCAUUCAGGUAGAUUCGGUAAACAAAGCGAGGACGGCCUUGCUGACGUGCAGGACAACCUUUUUGGACAUGGAUCACACUUUCAACAUAGAAAUAGAGAAUGCCCAGCAUUUGAAACUGGUGGUGUUCAGCUGGGAGCCCACACCGAGGAAAAAUCGGGUCUGCUGCCAUGGGACGGUGGUCCUCCCUGCUCUUUUUCGGGUGACGAAGACUCAUCAGUUGGCAGUAAAACUGGAGCCCCGAGGUAUUAUUUAUGUCAAGCUGACCCUUCUGGAGCAGUGGGAGAAUUCUCUCAAUGGACUAGAUGGAGAAAGAGAACCGGUAAUGUUUGGAGUAGAUGCUCGGAAGGUUGUGGAGAAGGAAAACGUAGGCUUGAUGGUGCCCCUGUUGAUGAAGAAGUGCAUUAUAGAGAUUGAAAAAAGAGGCUGCCAGGUUGUAGGCCUGUACCGUUUAUGUGGCUCAGCAGCUGUCAAGAAAGAGCUUCGUGAGGCAUUUGAGAAGGAUAGCAAAGCAGUUACUCUCUGUGAAACCCAGUACCCAGAUAUAAAUGUGAUAACAGGUGUUCUCAAGGACUAUUUAAGAGAGCUGCCUUCUCCCUUGAUAACCAAACAACUCUACGAAGCUGUGUUAGAUGCCAUGGUGAAAAAGCCCUUGAAAAUGACAGCGAAUGGAUGUGAUAAUAACCCUGGUGAUUCUGAGCAUACCGUGGCUCUCUUGGAUUGCCUUCCGGAAGUUGAGAAGGCUACUCUAAGGAUGCUGUUGGACCAUCUGAAAUUGGUGGCUUCGUACCAUGAAGUAAACAGAAUGACAUGCCAGAACCUAGCUGUGUGUUUCGGGCCUGUGCUACUGAGCCAGCGGCAGGAAACCACCAAUCACAACAACAGAGUUUUCACAGAUUCAGAAGAGCUUGCCAGUGCCUUGGAUUUCAAAAAACACAUAGAGGUUUUGCAUUACCUCCUCCAGCUGUGGCCAGUGCAACAUUCAGCCGUCAAAGACUCUGCAUUGUCUGAGCAGCAGUCGUCUGUGAAUUACUUGAGGCCUAAGAAGCAGCGGCCUCAGAUGUUGAACUUGAGCAGUACUGAGAUGUCUGGGAUCCUCAGGUCCAGGCCAGCCAGACUGGAUAGCCCUUCAAGCAACCGCUAUGCCGGAGACUGGAGUGGCUGUGGGGAGAGCUACUUCGUCAGCCCCAAGGAGACCCUGAACGAAGCAGACUAUGACGAUGUUCCUUCGGAAGAUGCCGAAAGUGGCGAUGACGGUGGUGGAGUGGAUGGCUCGGAGAAGCUCGCUGAACGGCCCCAUUGCAUGUCCAAAGAACACACUUUUCAGGCCUAUUUGACGGUGCAAGCCAUGGAUUCUGCAGGGAACCACAGAGUAAACCUCAAAGAUCUUCAGGAAAGCAUUGAUACUCUGAUAGGAAACCUGGAACGGGAACUCAAUAAAAACAAGCUCAACAUCAGUUACUGAUAAGUAAUGUCCCUCUGCAAUACCUUUUUCUCUCUUUUUUUUGAUGUCUCCCUACCCCCCCCCCCCGUUUCUUCCCCAAAAGAGAGACGGGUGGAGUGCUGUUAUUUCCAUUGCAUCGCGCAGUGAUUUUGAUCCACUGUGGGCUUAGUACAUUGGUAUUAACACAAUCUGUUAUUGUUUUGUUGUAAUUUUACUCCCCCUUCCUUCUUCUCUGUUGACCCUCCUGGGUUUAAAAUGGUACGUUACUUUUCAUGAGAUGAUUGCAGAAUUUCCGUUUCCCUUUCAAGGUACUAUGCACUUAGGAAGUUUGGACAAUUUAUGCAAGGUACACAAGGCACCAUCUCUGUCUAUUACAACAGGAACAGCACUCAUUUGUUCCUGAAACUUUAGCCCUGGUACAGAUGUUUUCCCAGAAAGGGAGGAUUAACAUUGCUGCUUACCUGAUAAUUUGCAGCGCAAACUGUAGGUAGAUCAUUUUUUUUCUACCAUAUUUUGACACCUUAUUCACUUGCAAUGCAAAGGCUGCUAUAAAAAAAAAAGCUUUUUAUAUAUACCUAUAUAGCUAUAUAUGAAAACGUUUAAAUGUACAAAUAUUAAUGUAUUCCUGCAUUAACACUUUCCUGCAAUUAUUUAAAAGUGAAAAAAAUAUUUUUCUAACUUUUUUUUGUCUUUUUUGUACAUAUUUAUACACAUAUAUUAAAAAGCAUUGGCUUGAUCUACUCCAUUUGGAGUACAGUGCUUGUUCACCAUAUCCCUCCUUGUCCUUCCUCUCCCCCCCUGCUAAGUUGUUCCAGUUGACAAGCAGGAAGGAGCCAGAUUAAAUUCAGCUGCAGGCGGAAGGUUCCCCUCCCCUGCUAUAGAACAUAGCAUAGGAGAUAAUGCCGCCUCCUGCAAGACGCAUCUACAGGCGGCAUACUUGGCUGUUGUCGGAAAUAGGAGGACACUGCAUUCGUUCCCCCUUCCCUGUCCAGCCUUCCCUUUCCCUCACCCCAAGUCAAGAAACGAGAGCCUUGCAGGGCAAGUUCUAUGAGACAUUAUGAAGAGCAUUUGCUGUGGCUGCCUGUUUCAAACCCUUUGUAUCAUCGGUACUUCAGGAAAGGGACGCUUUAUAUUUGAAUAUGAAUACAACUUCUAAAAGGAAUGUGUGUCGCAAGAUGCCAAAAUAAAUGGCCAGCUAAGCAGCAGUGGAUAUGGGUUGGACCAGAAGGGACUUGCUGAAUACCUGCGAGGAGUUUGAAGGCCACAGGUGACAUUUAUAUCUCUCAGCCGUACAUGUGCAUAACUUUCCCAGAUAAUGUGUGCUUCUUGCAUCGCGCAAUUUCCACGUUUUUAAGAGUUUCUAGAGAGGCUUUGGCAAUGGGAACAAUUGUUUCCCAGAGUCCAAAUUUCACACUGUGGUGGCUCACAAAUAUGCAUAUUAUUUAAAAUGCACAUUGCCCCCCCCAAUACACAUCCCUGUAACCCUUUCCAAAGUUCAGCCAGAUGCAAACAUGGACAGAGCAGUAUUUCAUGCAUGAUCAAAGGCUCUGUUAAUGCCAAAUUUUCGGAAUAAGUUAGAUGUGUGUGUGUGCGCACGCGCACACACAAACUCAAACUCCAUGAGACUUAAAUCGGGAUGGAUUUAAAGACUGAACGUGUUUCCUGGUUCAGCCUCAAGUAGCAAGCGUAAUUCAAGAGUGCAGAUCCCCAUGCUGAACCAUGUUUAUGAAGCUGUAGUCCUUGUGAAUACAAAUGCAGUGAUCGGGGGAUUAUGGGAACUCUAGUCCAGGACAAACCAGAGGACUGCAGGCUCCCCAAGCCCUGCUCUAAAUCAACCGUCCUCAGCAUCUGUAGUCCAGAUGUUUUGGUCUAUAACUUGUAUCAUGCCCAACCAUUGGCCAUGCUACUUACAUCUGUUGGGAGUCAAACUCCAACAACAUUGGAUGGGCAUCAAGUUGAGGAAGGUACUCUAAAUGUUUUGGGGUUUUUUCUCCCCUGUUCAGAGUUUUGCCAGUGUCUCAUGCUAACCAGACUGGCUGCUAGAACACAGAAGUACAGGAUGUGGCCACCGCUCCCCACAUAGUGGUGAAAACCAUCCACUGUAUCUAGAGCUUUCAUAGGAUUUUAUUUUUAUUUAUUUUUAUUUUAUUUUUUAAAUGUAGAAUGGGCCUUAGGACAAUAUAUCUAGCUCCCAAGUAGUCCAUAUGCCUUGAAAAUCGGGGCACAGGUUGUAAGGUAGGAGAUAUGUUUAUAAAGGGGUACGGCAUGUAUGAAUCCAAUUGCAACACAUGUUUUACGUGUCUGCAUAAUUAGCAUACACAAUCCUAAGGCUCCCACACCAAGCUGCAUAUUGUGUGUGCCAGUCUGGUGUCAACGGGCUCCUGGGUCAAUACAGCCUCCUGGGUCUACUCGUGUAGUAAACACUAUAGGUUUUGGGUAUCUGAUGCAAAGGUAUAUGAACAGAGAGAUCCUGGUUUUUUAUUUUAAAAUUUUUUUAAAAGGAGGAGAGUAGUCCUAUUGGUCCGAGUGGAAUAUUUUAGAUGUUCUGAAAGCUUAGUAGAUGCUAAAAUGACUGUAGCCCCCUCCCCCCAAAAAAUCCAUCCUAUUUUUAAAGGUUGACACGUGAAUUGAGAAAGUGCCUUUUAAAAAUAAUAUAUCUAGGUCCUGAAUGCAUUUUGAAGUUCUUAGUAUUUGCUCUCAUACCAGAAAUAUUAAACAAGUAUUAAAUGAGACUAUCAAUUUACUGUUUAUCUUGCCAGUUGUCUUAAAUGAGUAUUAUUGACAGCUCCUCAGCCCUUCCCUUAGAAGGAUAAAUGUGACAAAACGUUUACGAAACUUGUCCUCGGAUGUUGGCUAUCUUAGUAGUUGACCAAAGCAAAUGCAAGUCUUAUGCAAAUAUAUAACUGAAAACUCAACUUCUGUCCACUGUCUAGCAAUAAGACCCAAGCAAUAAAAAUUAUACAACCAAUUGCCUCAUUUUAAAAAAGGCUGCAUUAUUAAUAAUGCAGAGGAGUAAGUUUUUAAAUGGAAAUGCUUUUUAAAAUAUAGGUCAGCAAAGGUUUAUGAAAUAGUGCUUUGGGUCUUGCAAACUCAUGACACACUGUAAGAUUUAAUUUUCUCCUGUAUUAUGUUAGCGGCCGCUCUCUUGGCCUAUGGACCUUGUGUAAAUGCUAUUUUAACUUGUUUGUUUCCCUCCUAUAUAUUGUCUGGCUACUGUUGUUGUUGUUGUUGUUGUUGUUGUUGUUGUUGUUGUUAUUAUUUAUUUUGCCAUGUUUUUUCCUAAAUAUCUCCACUUUUUAUCCAGUGUCCUUUUUAUUAAUUUAUUAUCGUUAGCGUCUCAGUACACAAUACAGUCAUUGCAAUUAAAUAACAACGAUACUGUUUGGAAAUUUUAACCUGAAGCAUUUAUUGAUAAGCUGGUGUAUUUUUUUAAAAGUAUAUAUGUACAGGAAGUGGAUUAUUUUUAAAAAUAUAAAUGUUAAUUCUGAAUAAAAUCUGGAUUAAGAAUAAAAAUGGGUUGCAUUUUGUAAAAGGUUGCCAUCAGUGCUAUUUUUCUAGGAAAAGAGGUGCUGGAGCUCACCAUGAACAACUCCCUCGUUCUCUUAGAAUGACAAUGGCGCCCACCUGAGAGGUGCCGCAACAGCGAGUUCAGGCUGGAAAAAGCCCUGGUUGCCAUUAUUCGAAGAUAAGUUGGAUGUAUUUCUGAUUCUACAUAAUACCUUGAAAAUGUAUUUGCCCACACAGAAUCUACUGUGGUUGUGAAUGUAAGUUUUCCUUCAUAUUUUUCAGGGCUAGUCGUUCAAUGCCAGCGACUGAGAGGGAGGACGAAGACCUAAUCUCAUGCAGGAAUUUGAGUGGCGACUUCAGUGCUAUUUCUUCCCAGCCAGAGGUGGUUAGCAUCUACUACGGGUUGUUGAAUUAGAGGCGGUACGAUGGCCAUCUUCAAAUAUCUAAAGGGCUGUCACAUGGAAGGUGGAUCAAGCUGGUCUUCUCCUGCUCCAGAAGGUAGGACUCGAACCAGUGGCUUCAAGUUACAAGGAAGGAGAUUCCGGCUAAACAUCAGGAAGAACUUUCUGAGGGUAAGAGCUGUUUGGCAGUGGAAUGGUCUCCCUCUGGAGGUUGGGGACCCCCUUUCAUUGGUGGCUUUUAAGCAGGUUGGAUGGCCGUCUGUCAUGGAUGCUUUAGCGGAGAUUCCUGCACUGCAGGGGGUUGGACUAGAUGACCCUUGAUGUCUCUUCCAACUGUAUGAUUCCCAACAGUAAUUGUUACUUUCACUGAUGAAAGCUAGACAGGAGCAGUGGAUAUUGCAGACUGGUAAGAGUCGCUUUGCAAACUGUCUCCAUGUGUCUUUCCGCUUUCUGCCCUGGCCGUAUGGACACUUGUUUGACAGAAGCCUCCGCUACCACAGCAGGCUGUGGAAAGUGUGGAUUCACCCUCUUAAGAGUCUAACCUGCCCUUCUCUGAAGCCUUUAAUUUCUGCUUAAUGGUCUCUGAUUGUUUACAUAGUACCUGACCUGGUAACAUAGCAAUAGGCAGUACUGCAUGAUGAAAAAAUGUCACCCCAACCAAUAAGAGAGUGACAUUAAUAUUAAUCAGGUGCUGUUCAUUAGCACAGGUAAAUAGUCAAGCUGUUGUUUAACUUCUCCAGGGGGAAAGCUGCUCUCCUGCUGCAAUACAGCUUUUGUGUGUCAAGGGAAAGGUGCUCCCUUCAACACAAAUCUUUUUACUAUUUCAGUUUGUGCAUCCUGACGUUUAUAUGUUGAGAAUGUGUACUGGGCAGAAGAACUAUGUAAACAAUGACUGCAGCCAGAACUCAGUUCCAGCACCUCAAGUGAGCACCGUCGCCAUUGUAAGAGAACAAGGGAGGUAUUCAUGAAAACUCCAGAUGUUUGACUUCUCGCUCAAAGUAAUGAAGGACACUAGAACGCUGAUAUUCCAAGGCAUGUUUAGUUUAUGACAGGUAUUUUAAAUAUCCAUCAACGAAAACAUAGGUGCCUCAUUUCCAGCCAUGGGAGCCGAACCAGGUUUCCAUAUUACAGAUGUGUGGAAAAAUGGGGGGGGGGAGAGAACCAUGUACCCCUCCUAGUCUUAGCUGCUCAGAAGAACUGGGAUUAAAAUUUAAUUUUUAAAAAAGAAUGAAUGAGUCUCUUGAUAAUGUAGUUUCUCCCCAAAUCCAGCCACCAAAAGUUUGUCAAUUGUGCCAAUUAGAGGCUGCAUUUAGGUGGUCUUCACUGACAAAAGCUGGCCAAAGUAACUGCCUGUUUUCCAGUUGAGUUCUGCUCCCAUUCCAGCCCCAGUACACAAUUGCUUGUGUGCAAUUGCCAGCUAACUGAUAUGACUGUUACACAAAUGCAACAACCAUCGUGUUUGCAUUUUUCUCUGUUAAUCAACAGGAUGCCACCAGAUCAUAAAAUCAUAGAGUUGGAAGGGACCCCAAGAGUCAUCCAGUCCAACCCCCUGCAAUGCCAAGCCCACUACAGCCUAUAACUCUUAGAACACCAUGCAAAAAAUCUUGUUUGCGGCUCCCCUGCCCCGCUCCCUAGUCAAGUUUCUGGAACAGGUUACAUACCUCAUUG